GCGCUACUAAGGGAUUGUGGAAACUCUUUGAUCGCCACCGACUACUGGACUUGGUGAAAGAAGGCUGUAGCAGUAACUGCUUUUAACAUUUGGACUUUUCUCCGCCGUGUCAAGCGCUGUUCUUCUGUGAACCUUGGACUUGAGAAUACCUUGCUUGACGCAGCAGCACAUUUGUGUGAAUUAGCGGCUCCGAAAAGAAACCAUAUCUGGUCAAAGUAUUCAGCUGUCACAUGCGCUAUAUAUAGUGUGGGAUAAGCGCUGUAUGAAUUUCUUCUGCCCCCUUCCUGCAUUUUAUCUUAUUCACCAUGUUCCGUAAAGAGAUGGAUAAAUACCGGGAUGUGGAUGAGGAUGAGCUCUUGCAGAAGCUCAGUGAAGAAGAGCUCAGGAGGCUAGAAGAUGAACUCGAAGAGCUUGAUCCUGAUAACGCACUGUUGCCAGCAGGAUUCAGACAGAGGGAUCAGACCAAGAAAGCUCCUACCGGUUCGUUCGAGAGAGAUAACCUUCUCACUCACCUGGAGAAACAGGCCAAAGAGCAUCCAGACCGAGAUGAUCUUGUUCCCUACACUGGCGAGAAAAGAGGAAAAGUGUGGGUGCCUAAGACCAAAGUUGUUGACCCUAUCCUGGAAGAUGUCACUCUGGAGCCUGAACUAGAGGAGGCGCUAUCUAGUGCUACUGAUGCAGAAUUGUGCGAUAUAGCAGCCAUUUUGGGCAUGCACACACUGAUGAGUAAUCAGCAGUAUUACGAAGCACUGGCCAGCAGUACUAUCGUCAACAAACAGGGCUUGAACAGCGUAAUCCAGUGUACUCAGUAUAAGCCAGUGCCAGACGAACUUCCCAAUGACACAGAUGUAGAGGAAACACUACAGAGAAUCAAGAGAAAUGAUCCAGACCUUGUUGAGGUCAACCUAAACAACAUCAAGAAUAUUCCAAUCCCAACUUUGAAAGCGUAUGCUGAAGUUCUCAAAGGGAACAGUGUUGUGGAGCGCCUGAGCAUCGUUGGCACCAGAAGUAAUGAUCCUGUGGCCUUUGCACUAGCAGACAUGCUGAAAGUGAACACCACUCUGAAGAGUCUAAAUGUUGAAUCAAACUUCAUUACUGGAGCUGGAGUUCUGGCACUCGUGGAAUCAUUAAAGAGCAACACUACACUGCUGGAGCUAAAGAUUGACAACCAGAGCCAGCCUUUAGGUAAUAAGGUUGAGAUGGAGAUAGCUAACAUUCUGGAGAAGAACACUACUCUGCUGAAGUUUGGAUACCACUUCACCCAGCAGGGCCCACGCUUGCGUGGAUCUAAUGCCAUGAUGAACAACAAUGAUUUGGCACGUGUAGUUCGGUCGGACUCAGAUGGCGCGAUCACAUUCACUCUGUCAGUCCCUGAGCUGGAAAGAGCCUUCUGUAAAAAGUUCAAGUUCACAACGAAACCCAAUAAGAAAGAGAAGGCUUGAAGGAGGACCCAUCUUUCCUAAAUGUCGGACAAACGUGUAGCAGCAUCAGGAACCCUCUAUGGCCUGGGACCUGCAUCACACCCCAUCUCAUCCCAUAUCCUCCCAUCAUUUCUGUCCCUUUCACAGAUAACUCACAAAAUCAUCUAAAAGAAACAUUAAAUUCAGAAAGCCCCAGAUCUGCAAACCCAAAGGUACCACCCUCUGUUUACCAGACACAUAGUUACUCAUGACGGACUGUUUUAAAAAUGUGUAAGCUACCUGCCAUAACAUUAGCAGGGAAAAAUCACCUACUUGGAUUGAUGGAAGCAGUAAAGAUGAAAUUUAUCACUAUGUUCUCAGUUGACAUUAAUCUUCACAGCCAGCCAGCCAUUUUGCAGUGUUUGGAUGCACACCAAGAGCAUCAAACUUCAAACUUGACUGAUUGUAGCUGUGGUUUUGCCUUCUCCAGGCCAGUUCUCACACACAUCGCGUAGAAGCAUGUAGUGUGUGUUUUUUGGGAUAUGCUAUAAUUUUGACCUGUUCUUCUGGGUUUAACAACUGGUAAAUUAUCUUAAAUUUACCUUUAAAUUACCUUUAAAUAACUGGCAAUACCUUUAUUGGUCACUAGACAACAGUAUAAAACCUAAGCUCUGUGUAUUUGCACCGCUCCAGUAUAUUUAUGAAAUUAUUUAUAUAUUUUAUAUUCUAUGUUUGAUGAGGGAAAUUCUCUUCUUCAUGUUUAGGGCAAGUUGUGUUUCAUUUUACACAACUAGCAGUAAUAUCUCUCAUAUUAUAAUGGUCUCUCUCUACGAUAACCACUUCUCAUUAAAUGAUUGUGAUUGAUGUGUACACAGUGUUUUCUAUAGUCUUCCUCAUUAAAUGCUUUUUUUAAGUGAGAAUCAUAACACACAAUAGAAAACUUAUCAUAAAACGAUAUGCGGUAUUGCCUAUGCCUGCUCUCAUAAAGUCAUUUCCAGGUUAUAUUUCACCCAAAAUCAAAAGAAAUUGUAUAUUAAGAAAAUCUGAAAAUGAGUUCUAGUUUUAGGAUUUUGUCUGAUUUCUCAUUACAGUAAUAAAUAUAUACACAGUAUAACAAAAAGUACACUAGGUCUUUAAUUAUUUCAGCUGCAAACUGUAUUUUCUAAUUAUAUAUUGUUAUAAACAGAUUAUUGUGCUUAUACAAGUAAAGUCUAUAUGUGUUAAAUAAUGUUUGCAGUUUUUCCUUUCUGAAAACAAUAGGCUGUAUCGUGAUUCCAUGCUUUCAUCCCCAAAUUUAAGACCUUAAAUUAUUAACAUAUUCGAUUAGGAUAUGCUCCAAAAAUUAUUUUACAGUUUGCACACAUCUAUUUUUAGGUGCAAAUGAAAGUUACGAAUGAAAUGUUCGCAUUGCUGAGCUCUUGUACAGGAAUGUACAGUAUAUUUAAAAUUGCACUGAAUUAUUUUAACAAUACAAUUAUUUUGCUAAAUAUAAUUUCUUUUUGAUGCAUUUUGAUGGAGAAGUGAACCCUGGUCAUUUCUUGGCAGUUUUCCUGAGACUGGGCAUCAUUUGCGAUCUGUCAUGUGCAGUGAUUUAGCAGGGGGUGUGUGUUUCUUAGAUAUUUGUUGUCCGUGAUCAGGCCUUACUCUCUUCACACUGUUCCAGCAUAGUAAAAGACAGUAUGUUUUAUGGAUGUAAACAUUUUUCUACUGUUUAAAGGACAGAGCAUUUAUAGGACUUUUGGGGUCAUCAUCUUGUUCAAAACCAAAAAGGGAAAAUUCACUGUUGAUUGUCUUGUCCUGUGUUCGGACGCAGGCCCAUAAUCAUUGCCAUAGAGUGCCUGGGCUGGUGCACACAUGUACAUUUUGUUAGUGCACCUUACUGUAUUUGGUUUAUUGAGUUAAUAAAGACUGAAAACGUUGUGUGGAAAUGUU